UUUGUAUCUCAAGGCACGGCUGGCUGAACGCUAAAUGUCAUUUGAUGGCACCAAAAUGAAUAUAUUUCAAAAUGUUUGUGUAAGCCGAGGUUGUUCCGAGUCCAAUUUGACCCGUGUUCGCGAAAAUGGAUUUGAGAUUUACAAGGAAAAUGUUGGUCAUGCUGGGAAUUGCAAAACAAACAGCAGUUGUAUCGAAAGUAAGUUUGAAAUUCUUCCGUCCGCACCAUGUCCGGUUGACAUUUCAAGAGUCACGGUUGCUUUGUUGAAGCAAGAACAAUUUUUAGCACAAGUCCAACUAAGUACGAUUCAAACAAAACACAAACUCUUUGUUGUAGUUUCUGUGCGUGUUUCUUGAGGGAUGGCCAUCACCAAAUGCUGACAUCAUCAAAGCGUUGGAGGCGAACGCUCAGGCGGGGUUUCAUUCUUCAAAACCGCACUGACGCCACCGCAAGGGCUCCGGGUCAGGAUCUUUUUUUUUUUCGUGCAACGCUUACUUCCUGUUUUUGUGCAGACCCACUUGUCCAGCGUGACCAUUUGAUUUACGCCUGAUGGGCUGUUUCCCUUCUCCGCCCAUUUGUUGCGGUUGAUCCAUUUUGGGCAAACAUGCGAAUACCAAACGGCUGCAACCUCCGUGUUCUGGUGGACAGCCGCAUGCUUGCCAGACAAACCGGAUCAGAGCCCAGCUGUGUUGCAACUCACACACGAUGUGAAGAUGUGGGCCUUGAUGGGAGCCGUGUGCCUGUGCCACUGUGUCACCGGACAGCUGCUGAAAGGAGCGCCGCGUCUCCUCUGCAGCGUACCAGGGGCGCCGGGACCACCCGGCAAGCCCGGCCCGGGCGGGACCCCGGGAGCAGAUGGGAACGCGGGUGUCCCUGGCAGAGAUGGCAGGGAUGGCAGGAUGGGGGAGAAGGGACAGAAGGGAGACCCAGGUUUAAAGGGCAGGGUGGGCCCCACGGGUAAGAUCGGUGAGCGAGGUGAGCGAGGUCCUACGGGUAAACGAGGUCCCGUGGGGGAGAAUGGAGGUGAAGGCCCUCCGGGCCCUCUGGGUCACAACGGCGAGAAAGGACAAAAGGGCCAACGUGGCAUUCGCGGGAUGCCGGGACAAUGCAAAUGCGGGAGCCUCACACCAAAAUCAGCUUUCUCUGUGGGCAUCACCAACAGCUACCCGACAGAGAAUACACCGAUUAAAUUCAACAAGGUCCUCCUCAAUGAGGGGGGCCAUUACAACCCCCAAACGGGCAAGUUCAUCUGCGCGUAUCCCGGCAUUUAUUACUUCUCCUACGACAUCACCCUGGCCAAUAAACACUUGGCCAUCGCUCUGAUGCACAACGGACAGCAUCGCAUCAAAACCUUCGACGCCAACACGGGCAACCACGACGUGGCUUCAGGGUCUACGGUGAUGUUCCUCAACGCCGAAGACGCCGUGUGGCUUGAGAUCUUUUACCAUGACCAGAAUGGUUUAUUUGCCGACCCGGGCUGGGCGGACAGCUUGUUCUCUGGCUUCUUGCUCUACGCAGACACAGACUAUUUUGACACACUGGCAGCAGACCAUGCAUAAGCAAGAGUGAGAAUCAAGCUAAGCUAACAAGCUAAAUACUCUGGGUUUGAUGGUUUAAUCAUGUAUGACAAACUGUUUUUCAGAGGAUUUGUGAUAUUACUGUAUUUCCUCAAAUAGUGACCGGCCCUCUGUGUCAUUGCCUGUGUGGGUUUUGUCUGAGUUCUUCGGCUUCCUCCCAGAUUCCAUGCAUGGUAGGUUGAUUGAAGACUCUGAAUUGUCCGUAUGUAGGCCUGAAUGUAAGUGUGAAUGGUUGUUUGUGUACAUGUGUGCCCUUCGAUUGGCUGUCGACCAGUUUGGGGUGUACCCUGCCUUUCACCCUAAAUUAGCACAGACAGGCUCCAGCACAUCCAUGUCGCUGGUAAGGAUAAGCGGUACAGAAAAUGGCGGGAUGGAUGAUAUGGACUGAAAUAUGUGCCACCAGAAAGCGAAUUUGAAUCAUUUAUAUUUGAAUUUGAAUCGCUAAUCUUUUAUGCAUUGAAAAACUGAAUUCAAAUUACAGUCCAUAAAUUAACUUUGUAUUGUUUAAUUUGAAUGAUUGCAUUGAAAAACUGAAUCUGAAUUGUACAAUUUGUAUGUAGUAGUUUGGAACCAAAGUCCAAUAAACUUCAAACUGAGUUCAGAAUUA